AUGAAGGCUUUCUAUCUUUCUCUCUGGGCGCUGGCGGGUUCGGCGUCUGCCUACCUUGCUACUACUACUCGUUACUAUGAUGGACAGGAAGGUGCUUGCGGUUGUGGUAGCAGCUCCGGACUCGACUCGUGGCAGCUCGAUGUCUCAACUGGCGUCUACACCGCCGCCGGUUCCCAAGCCCUCUUUGACACCGACGACUCCUCCUGGUGUGGCGGCGGCUGCGGUAAAUGCUACAACUUGACAUCCACCGGUUCCUCUGCCUGCAACGGCUGCGGUGAAGGAGGUGUCGCCGGCGAAAGUAUUAUUGUUAUGGUCACCAACCUCUGCCCCUACAACGGAAACGAAGUCUGGUGUCCUUCCGUCGGCGCUAAAAACAACUACGGAUACAGCUACCAUUUCGAUAUCAUGGCCGAAAGCGAAGUCUUUGGUGAUAAUGUGGUUGUCAACUUUGAGCCUGUCACUUGCCCCGGUCAAGCUGCUUCGGAUUGGGAAACUUGCACCUGCUAUGGUCAGACGGAUAGCGAUACCACGCCUGCUGGAAUGACGACUGCUGCUGGAUCUGCGGGUACUGUUGCGACUUCGUCUGCUUCUUCGUCUUCCACUUCUUCGACCUCGACUUUAUCUACUUCUACCACGUUGCUUGCUGUGUCCACCAGCCCCGUGAAGGAGGUUGCUAGCUCCACGACUUCAUCCACAUCCACCUCAUCCACCUCAUCCACCUCGACCGUCAAGCCAGUCUCGACCGUCGUCGCCGAAACCUCCCCCGCCACAGUCGUCGAGCCAACCUCGACAGCCGUCUCAACAACCCCCCUGGGCGGCGCCGCUACAACCACCACCACCUCGGUGACACAAUACACCACCGUCACUGAAGUCUCGACCAUCUGGGCCACACCUUCCGCCACGACCGGUAGCUCCGGUGCCGUCCAGACCCUCUACGGACAAUGCGGCGGUAUCAACUGGACCGGCGCCACGGCUUGUGCCUCCGGCGCAACCUGCAAGGUACAGAACCCUUACUACUACCAGUGCGUCAGCUCGUCUUAA